AUGGUAGUGGCUUCUCGAAAGACCUGCCUGAUCACAGGCUGCACACCGGGUGGCAUCGGUGCAGCGUUGUGCGAGGAAUUCCGCAAGCGAGGAUUCCACGUUCUCGCCACCGUACGAAGCCCAGCAAAAGCCGCUUCGCUCGCUACAGGAGAGGAGAAAUUCGGAAAAAAUGAAGGGAUCAUUGAAGUGCUUUCGCUAGACGUUACGUCGAAACAGUCGAUUCAGCAGUGCACGGAAGAAGCCAAAGCGAAAGGAAUCGAGAAACUCGACGUACUCGUUAACAAUGCUGGCGCCAUGCUGAUCGGGCCACUGCUCGAUACGAAUGUCGACGACGGAAGAAGACUUUUUGAGACGAAUGUUUGGGGCAUGCUAGCUGUCACGCAAGCCUUCUCUCCGGCGGUCAUUGCCGCUAAAGGCUCAAUCCUGAAUAUCUGCUCCAUCGCUGGAGCCGUGCGGAUGGCAUGGCAAGGUGCCUACAACGGAUCGAAAGCGGCCGAGACGUUCUUCUCUGAGACGUUACGAAUCGAGAUGGAACCCUUAGGGGUUCGCGUGGUCACUGCGAUGGUCGGCGAGGUUGAAACGCAGAUCUAUCAAUCUGGAGACUCUUACAAACUGCCAGAGGGCUCGUACUACAAGAAUGUGGAGAAGUUCAUCGUUGAUCAGGGUGCUGGAAAGCUGCAGCAGAACAAUGAGCCCGCCGCAAAAACUGCGAAGAGCUUGGUCGAUGAUGUGCUUAGGGGAAUGUCAGGACAGACUUGGCGAGGAGGUGUUGCAGGAACGGCUAAAAUUGCCCACUGGUUAUUACCUGGCCGACUUUUCGAACGUAUGCUACAUUCGAAUCGCGGCGUGUAUCAGGUUGCUCCUCCUGCCACAGCGUGA